AUGGCUUCUUGUGAAGAUUCAGAAAAUCAGUACCUUAGUCAUUUAUACGAGUGUUUAGCAGCCGCAGUCGACAAGAAUCGUGCAGACGUUUUGCUGAAGAGUUUCGCUUUUGAAGAAUUAUUGGAGAUGGCGACUCAUAAAGUUCAACGUCAUGGAACGCAGAAGGUCAGGUUUCAACUGUAUGGAAGCUGCGUUGAAGAUUUACAUGUGGUUGCUUUCCAGCCGGAUCUGCCGGAUUUUGAUGUUAUGAUCUUUCCGACUGCAGAUGAGCUAAUGAUCGAUGAGGAACUAAUCGAAUAUUACCCUUCUCAUCCACUGCACGUCAGAAUCAGAGGAACAGGUCACCCCGUAUUGCAGUCCUGUCUAGUUGAAAACACGGAGUACGUACCUACUUCAGCGUUAAAGAAUCUCCAUCCAGCGAUUUUUGGUGAAAGCGGAUACACCAUCAAUAACGCCGGCGACGUGGCUGCCGCAUUUGUCGGAUCGCUAGAUUCUUCUCCCGGUGCUUCAGCAAAAAACAGCUUGAACAGUCCAGCUGUAAAAAUGACAAUAAACUUACCAGAUAUUGAGACUUUUGAAGGAACAUUCCUAAACGAAUUUGAAAGUGUAUUUCACAAACACGAUAAACGGGGAGAAGAAGAGUCAAUUGCAGACUGCGCAUGUUUGUCGAGUGAAGCCGAUGAAAAGCCGAUGAAAAUGAAUUCCGAGUGCUUUAACUACAGAUUGUUAAGGGAGGGAAAGCUGCUUUUUGACAUUAUCCCUGCAUUUCGAUGCUUAACAUGGCCCAUGGUUGCUCAAGAAUGGAGGAAAAGACAGCGGAAGUGGCCUUCACCUAAAGUAAUUGAUACAGUUAUUCAGGAGGGAUUUCACUUGGUCGUAAAAGCUCCAAAGAACGGUGGCAACCCAGAAUACGACUUUAGAAUCUCCUUUUCUCAUGCAGAAUACUUGUUAAGCCAGGAGAUAAAUGAAAUUCAGCGUGUGUGUUACCGCUGCCUAAAGGCUUAUCAUCGUGAGUAUCUUUCUGCAGAGCCCAAGGGUCUAAUAUCAUUUCACCUGAAGAACAUUUUUCUGCGAACGAUUGAGGAAACCGGUGGCGAAAUUUGGAUCGAAAGCAGGAUAGCUGAGUGUAUGUGGAAACUAUUUGCGAACCUAUUGAAAGCUCUCAGGGAAAGGCAUUUGCCUCAUUACUUUGUGCCGUCAUACAAUUUGUUUGGCAUUGAUUACAUCGAAGAUCCAGCAAUUCUGAAAUCGCUGACAGAGAGAGUAGAGCAGAUCAUGGAAAAUCCAGUGAAAUUUGCAGAGGAGUUGAUCCUGGUUGAGCGUUCUUCACCUAUCCAGGAACAAAAACAAAUGAACAGUACAUCCAACCAACUACAGUCGGAACUGAUGUUAUUGUCUUCGUUAAAGAAAAAAAAUACAGAACAACUAAAGAAGCUCACGGUUUAUAUUGGCACGAUAAAGGAUUUGUUCGAAGCCGCCAAUAACGCUGAUUGUAUCUUUGAAAAUCUCGACCCCAUGGAAAGGACCUUAGUAGAGGAUCUGAGAGAAUUGCAAGAGAAACCCCGUUUCUAUACCACUCUCAAGUUCCUGCUAAAAUGUUGUCCUUCCGUGAAAAACUCGUUCUUCUGUAGCUGUUCUCCACACACGGAAGGGAACAUAAAUGACAUAAACUUGAGGCAACGCUUUCUUGCCGAGGUGAAGCAGCAUAUAGAAUUGCUGAAGUACUUUAGGUGGCUCAGUGAGGCAGUAGCGACAGUAGAAGGACCUGAAGACUUUUGGAGCCAAAUAAAUUAUAAUAUGUUCAAUCCUGCUUCUGCAAAUCCUUUUGACUGGAACCUUGUUUUGCCUCCUCACUUAGAGGAAGACAAACAGAAACUCUUUUUAACAAAGAUGAAAUGUUACCUAGAAGCGUUGCUUGAUGUGUUACCCAAGGAUGAGGAUGACAUCCCAUUGGACUGA